GGUUUUCUUCUAUAUCAGUGUUUGUCUCAGCACAACAGCAGCCUCCUCCUCUUCAAACCUCUAUCUUCUCGGAGCUCAGAACCCUAAUCAUGGCUGUCGGAAAAAACAAGCGUAUUUCCAAGGGAAAGAAAGGAGGAAAGAAGAAAGCAGCGGAUCCGUUUUCAAAGAAGGAUUGGUAUGACAUAAAAGCACCAUCACUAUUUAACACUAGGAAUGUUGGCAAGACCCUUGUUUCUCGUACUCAGGGUACUAAGAUUGCUUCGGAAGGAUUGAAACAUCGUGUUUUUGAGGUGUCUUUGGCUGACCUCCAAAACGACGAGGAUCAUGCUUACAGAAAGAUCCGUCUCAGAGCUGAAGAUGUCCAAGGGAAGAAUGUUUUGACCAAUUUCUGGGGAAUGGACUUUACCACAGAUAAGCUUAGGUCACUUGUGAAGAAAUGGCAGUCUUUGAUUGAGGCACAUGUUGAUGUUAAGACUACGGACAGUUACACAUUGAGAAUGUUCUGCAUUGGUUUCACUAAGAAGCGUGCUAACCAGGUGAAGAGGACUUGUUAUGCUCAAUCCAGCCAAAUCAAACAGAUCCGUCGUAAGAUGAGGGAGAUCAUGGUGACUCAGGCUCAAUCAUGUGAUCUGAAAGAGUUGGUUCAGAAGUUUAUUCCUGAAGCUAUCGGCAGGGAGAUUGAGAAGGCAACAUCCAGCAUCUACCCACUUCAGAACGUGUUCAUCCGCAAAGUCAAGAUCUUGAAGGCACCCAAGUUUGACAUUGGGAAAUUGAUGGAGGUUCAUGGAGAUUAUUCUGAAGAUGUUGGCGUGAAAGUGGACAGGCCGGCUGAUGAGCCGAUGGUUGAAGAAACCGAAGUUAUUGGUGCUUAAAUGUGAGUUUGUUAGUUUGUUUUCACCUUAUCAUUUCCUAAAACAAUAGGUGGUGUUGGUUACAGUAGCGUCAAUAUUUUGUCUUUUAAGUUGAAUAUGCAAUUUUUGUUGUAGACUUUGAGAUGAUAAAGUAUGCUUUGCCAUGGUUUUAAAUCUUA